GUCGCUGGCUACACAAUGGACAAAUUCCAAGUAACAUAGAAACCUAUCAUCUUUCUGGACAAUUUUAUCUACUCCUACCUGACUUUUACGGACCAGUUACUGGCACAUCUCCUCAUUGAGGAGGCAGCCAUAAGGAAAGGAAGGAAGGAAGGACGAGUGUGACUGUGCUCUUACUGAAACGAACCGAGAACGAUUUCGGAAUACACCCGUGGUAAAGGGGCGCUCAUAGCUCUAUUUUGUUUGUUUUUAUACUAUUCUAGAAGUUGGUGAGCUGUACUAUUGUUAAAAUAAUUACACUUGUUAAUAUGAAAUACUUAUGAGCAUGGAAAAAUGAUGUCAAAUGCAGAUAGAUUAGCUAGCUGUAUAGAGCAGAAAAAUUGGGAUGAAUUGUUGCAAAUUCUUAAACCAAAAUUCUUUCCCAAGGAUGACCAAGGAAAACUGGUUAGUCCUCAAAUCAUGGCAAUUAUUGCUCAGGCACUAACAAAUGAUCGUAGAGAUGUACCUGUUAAAAUUAAAAUUAUCAUUUUGAAGUGUCUCAUGAAUUCUUGUGUUGAUGGAUAUUUACAUAAGGAGUAUAAUACAGAAGAAGUGGAUUCUUCCUUAAAGUGUAACAAUGUUCUUUAUUCAGAGAUUUCUAAUGUUUUGAGUAGCAGUAAUAGGGAUACAAACAGGAAAACUUCCUACCCAUUCUUCACACAUUUUCCCUAUACUGGAGUGGCAACAUGGGCUGUAGAUUAUAUUACGAGUUAUACCACAGAUCAUGAAAAUAGUUCUGAAGAUUUGGAAAUAAUAAGACUAUGCAUUCAAUUUCUUUGCAAUUUGUCAACUUUUGCAUGUAAAAGCAAAAUAUAUCCAGAAUAUGAAAAUAUUCCAAAGAGUAUGGAAGAGGAUGCAUUUAAAAAUACAAUAAUGAAUCUUACUCAGCAUGAACACAUGCCUAUAGUUAAAGCUGCUUGUGCUUAUAUACAGAAUACAUUGACACACUCAUCUGGAAAUUAUUAUACAGAUAGUGUAAAAAAACAGUUAAUUCUGCUGUUACUAAGACCUGUCCGCCUUGGAUGUAAGGCAGCAGCUGAUGUCUUGAUACAUUUAAUGAAGGAGCCUAAACGAUUGCAUUUGGCUUAUGAGGAUAUGCAAAUUGAAGAUAAAUUAUGUUUAUUGGAAUUAUUGUACAGUGAAUUGCGUAACUCAGUUUACCGUGAAAAUAGAGAAGAUGAUCUCAAUGAUCUUCCAGUAGAUGCAAUUGAAUUUUUGUCUAAAAAAUUUCGAAGGAAGAGUGAUUUGAUAUUGAAAACAGUUGAUACAUAUUUAGAUGGCAUUGAACCCACUGAAGUUACAAUACUACUUGACAUUUUAGGAGCCCUUACAUCAAUAAGCUCGUCUGGACACUGUAUACUUCAAAAUGAUAAAAGUCUUUUAAUUAAUUGCAUAUUUCUUUUAAAAUCGCUGCAAAUGUUAGGAAAGGAGUUAAAUAAUUAUUUUACACCAGUACAAAAACUUAGUGAACUUGCGCCUAGUACUCAAGGGAUAAAAGACACUAACACAUCAGAGGAAAGUAUAAGUUCACAAGACAAAGAUGUGCAGGCACAUCCAGCAUUUGGAUUUAAGGCAGGAUUAGUCCGCGUAAUUGGAAAUAUGAUCCAUAAACAUAAAGAAAAUCAAGAUUUGCUGCGUGAAUCAGACGGCAUUCCUCUUCUUCUAGACUGUUGUAACAUCGACGCACGAAAUCCACUAAUAAUCCAGUGGAGUAUCAUGGCAUUACGAAACGCAUGUGAAAACAAUAUGGAAAAUCAAGAGGUCAUCCGGAAUUUAACGAAAAUCGGCGUUGUGGACAGUGCAGUACUCCAGGAAAUGGGAUUGAUCCUGAACCAGGAUGAAAACAAGAAUGCAAUCGGUAUAGUGCCUCUGGUACGAAAUAAAUAAAAAGAAAAGAAACAGAUUGACAAAAGAGAAUGACACCUUGAGAUAUUCAAAAGUAAGAUAUAAAUCCUCUUCACUGCAUCCUUUACUUUGUAUUAUAAAAGAUAAUACAAAGUCUAUCUCUUUUCUAGUAGUUCUUUAAUUUAUCGACAAAAAAAUAUAGUACUACAGUACGAAAUUUACAUUCUUCUAUACCAUUUUCUACCAUCCUGGACAACUGGUAUGUCUGUAAUAUACUACAUAUAACUCCAAGACGCAGAUUAAAACUAUUUGCAUUUUUUGACGUUCUUUUUAAUCCUCAUUUUGAGAAUAAAUCAGGCCUUUAGAUGUAAUGUAGUUUACAACAUUCAAAUUUGCAACUUCAUUGACGAGAAAAUUAUACUAUGAACAUCGCAAAUAUAAGCACCAAAUAUAUAUAUUAGUGAGAUAAAGUUUUUUCGAUUUCAACAUAUUUUAUAUUUUAAGAGAACAUUAGCAAAUAGGAACAGCCCCCGUGUAUUCUGUGUUUGAAAUAAAAUGUGUAGCACUGUGCCUAGUUGCUGUCAAACGUAAAAUCCUAUAUAUAAGGUGGAUCUUAUUUAUUGUUAUCUCUUCUGUGGAUACGUAUGCAAUAAAGUUCUUUUCAUUAGUCA